CUCCCCAUGGCGUCGCACGUCGUCCUGUCUUCCCACACUAAACCACUCUCAGCACUCAGCAUCGACUCAUCAGGUGCACGUCUGGUCACUGGCGGCUACGACUACGACGUAAGGCUAUGGGACUUUGGCGGAAUGACGUCAUCCUUUGAGCCGUUUAAGCGCCUCGACGAGCCCUUUGGCUCCUAUUGGCUUCACGAUGUGGCAUGGAGCCCACGCAACGACGCCUUCUUGGCAGCAAGCGGCACCAGCCAAGCACGUCUAUACGAUCGAGAGGGCAAUCAUACAGGCACAUGCGCAAAGGGAGACCCGUACCUGCGCGAUAUGAAGCAGACAAAGGGACACGUAGCACACGUAUCUUCAUGCUCUUGGAUCGACGAUGAGACCUUUGUAACGGCAAGUGCGGAUUCAACGAUUAGGAUAUGGAAUAUAGAGACCUGCAGACUGGGACAGAAGACGGUCAUCAAUGUGCGAUCCAAGGAUAGAGGAGGGAGAACCAACGUCACGGCACACGCCAUUAGCAAUACGAACCAAGGCAGACGUACCCUCGCAGCCGCCUGCGCAGAUGGGGCCAUUCACAUCUGGACGAUGGCGACCUCAUCGUCGGCUUCUUCAUAUUCCAAGCCUAAUGCUACCGUCUUGCAAGCCCACAAGCCUGGCACCGAGACAAGCAGAAUAGUCUUCUCGCGCGAUGGUCGCACCUUGGCGACACGCGGUGGGCCAGGCGAUGAUACGGUCAAGCUGUGGGAUCUACGAAACUUCAAGGAGCCCAUCGCACAGCGCUCAGGAUUGCCAAACGACUAUGCACAGACGGACAUCAUCUUUUCGCCAGACGAAGCGACGCUGCUGACUGGUGUGGCCGGGAGGGGUAUCGAGGUCCUCUCACGAAAAGACCUGUCCACGGUGCAGACGAUCGACGUUCCAGCAAGCGGCAGCUCCAAGCCGUCGGUCGUCCGCCUCGCAUGGCAUCCACGCAUCAACCAGAUCUUCGCCACCCUUUCAACGGGCGCAUGCCUCGUCUACUACUCGCCACAGUCGUCCAUUCGAGGAGCACUCUUGGCCCUGCCCAAGACGAGUCGCACUCGCGCACGCUCACCAUCCGACAUCAUGGACGUCGGACCCAUUAUCACACCGGGCUCCUCAUCAGCUACUGAGCGAGGGCAAGGCAUCUCUCAAGCUGCAAAGCGUCGUCGCAUGGACCGAGCGGCUGCCUCGGACCCUCGAGCACCACAGCGUCCCAUCGAGGGCGUGGGCAAAGGUGGACGAAUCGGCACGGCAGUCAACCCAAAUCGGGCGCAAGCAGAGGAUGUGGCGAUGCUGCGAGAAGACCCACGUGAAGCUUUGCUCAAGUACGCCGGCGGAGAAAAGAAGUUCACGGCAGCAUGGCAGACGAAUCAGCCAAAGACUUUGUACGAGGAGGAGCGCAAGGAG